AUGGUGGAAUGGUCCGCUAAGAUGAACAAAACAGAGCCCGUCUGGGUUCCUGCAAUGUUUAUAAAAGAGAUGAAAGAGAAUGAUAAGACGAAAUAUGUUGUCAGGUUUUGUAAUGGUAACUUGGGAUGCAAGGGUAUUGAGGCAAGACGCAAUGUGACCACUGAAUAUUUGCCUACUGUUAGACCUAGACCGCCUCCUUUUCCGGUUGAAGAGUUGCAAUCGAUGGUGUGUGUAGAUGUGUUUCAUAACGGAGCAUGGCGUCAAGGGCGAGUGACGGAGAUUCUUCCUCGGAAAUGGUAUACAGUGCGUUUACAUGGCUCAAACAACCUGGAAUUGAGUACCAAUCUCUCGAAUAUUAGGCCUUCCAAGGUGUGGAAACACGGGGUUUGGAAGUCAAGGGGUCAAGGAUUGGUUAAAAAGAUGUGUGCUUCUAUGAUGAAUGCAAAUGAAUCUGUAACCCCAUCUCCGGGGAUCACUGCAACAAUGGCUGAUAAGACACUUGCGAGAGAUCAGAUUAGCUUGGGAAAAGACAAGCAAGAUAACACUCGUAAGAGGAAGAGAGACCUUCCUUGUGUUCUUUUGCCCUUUGAGAAGAAGUUGCCAAUUUGGAAGACAUUUGAAUCAAUGGAGGUAGUCAAACAUCUGCAACCCGAAGAUCCCAUAAGCUCACUUACUAGUCUCAGUGACUCCUUUGCUGAGUUAGAGAAAUACGGUUUCGAUGUUAAAAGGCCUGUGCUGCGGAUCAGUAAGCUCUUGUCUCUCAGAGAUAAGCAAGCAAACAAAACGGAGGAGCUCAAAGGUGCUCAGAAUGUGACUGCAGAGAAAGAGAGCGUCAAAGUUGAGAACCAACGCAAGAUUCUCGAGCUGCACAGGCUGAAUCAGGAGGUGGACAAAGAGAUAGCUCAGAGCAAGUCAUGUGAAGCAAUGAUUGUACAACAGCUUCAACGUGUGAAGCUUCAGUAUCAGGCUACUGCAUCCGCUCCAUGGUAA